UGGUGUCGGAUUCAUUAAAUAGAAAGUCAUAACAGUACUUCCUGCGUGAGCUGGGUUUAUAUCAAUGUUUGCAUUGUACGGGUUAUGAGCGUUGAUAUACAAAUCAAGACAUUUGCUGGAUCGUUUUGAAACAAAUUAACGGAUAUCAGUGUUUAUUUAUUUUAAAAGUCUGCGUAAGAACUCAAUUCGCUGAUAUUAAGGCGCCAUGUUACGAAACAUCGGAAAUGUCGCCUGCUUCAUCUUCGUCCUCAUGACGUCACACCACGUGACCGGACAGGCGCAUGACGUGGCACAGUUGAACAGAAGGCUGACGAUAAUCAAGAAUUCCGUUGAUGACGAUAUCCUCGACAUCCGGCUCGAGGUCAUGGAACUGAAGAUGAUUGUCGAGCAGAUUGUUGGCGGUCAGAGGAACACUAGCGAUGGAUCCGUUAUUGGCCAGGGAAUGUCAAAUCUUAAUCAAAGGGAGAUUACAGAUCUGAAGAAUAAGUUGAAUGCACAUGAAAGCCAACUGAACAGAUUAUUUAAUACUGUCAACGAAAUUCAAAAUGAAAAUACGGCACUUAAAAAUAAAGUAAACCAAUUUUUCGAGGAAAACGAAACUGGCAUUAAAACUGAACUUCUAAAAUUGAACGCAGGGAUUGAAACAAAAUUCGACGACAUAGUCAAUGCUCUUCAAAUGAAGUUUGAAGAAACCGCAGCGGCGAUGAUUAAAGGUUACAAGGACCUGAAGACGCACGUGAAAGUCUCUGUGGUCGAUCAAAAAAAUAAUCUUGCCCAGUCAGUUAUCUCCGAACAAAACAAACUGAGUACGAGGCUUGACCAGGCAGAUGCGAACAUCAUUAGACUGGAUGGUGAUGUGAACAAGCUCGAAGUCAACGAAUUGGUCGAGAAAAAGGAAAGAAACGAAUUGAUCAAUAAUUUAAAAGCUGAACUUCUCCAGUUGAACGCAGGCAGUGAAGCGAAAUGCGACGACAGAGUCAACGCUCUUCAAAAGAGGUUUGAGGAAUCCACAACGGCGAAUUUGGCAGGUUUCAAAUAUCUGGAAACGCACACGUCCGUUCAAAUGAAAAAUCUUACCCAGUCGGUGAUCUCCGAACAAAACAAAUUGAGUGCGAGGAUGGACCAGGCAGAUGUGAAGAUUGUAAAACUGGAUGGUGGAGUGAACAAGCUGGCUGUCUUUUCGAGAGCGGUUGAAGAGCUGAUAGCAAGCUUAGAUUGCGGUGACCCAACACCAGACCAUGGUACAGUAAACACCACAAAAACAACGUUUAGAACUGUUGUUCAAAUAUCAUGCAAUCACGGUUACGUACUGAGCGGAGCAAACAUCGCCAAAUGCAACGCAGUCUGGUCUGAAUCAGCCACGUGUAACCCAUAUGACUGCGGUAGCGCUGCCCCAGUCAAUGGUGUUGCCAGAGCUCCCAAUGGCACUACCUACCAGAAGCAGGCAACUGUGCAGUGUAACCAAGGGUACACACUAAAGGGCCCAUCAUUGAUAGAGUGCACUGCAACUGGCUGGAAUGACUCUGUCUCAUGUGUCUUACCAAAAGACUGCCUGGAGCUGAGAAGCCCUACAAGUGUCAGUUGCGUGUAUAGAGUUCGACCUGCAGGGACGAAUCAGGACAUUAAAGUGUACUGUGACAUGGCAACGGACGGAGGGGGUUGGACGGUGUUUCAACGUCGUGUGAAUGGGUCUGUAGAUUUCUACCAAAACUUCUUCUCAUAUGAGAAUGGCUUCGGCGACGUUCACGGAGAACACUGGCAUGGUUUAAAGUACAUCUAUGCCAUGACCUCCAAUGUGCAGACAGAACUACGGAUCGACCUUAUGGCGGCGAACGGAUCCACGGCGUAUGAAGUGUUUCCAAACUUCCGACUGUCUGCGGCAAGUGACUACAGGCUGCAUGUGGACCGGGGACGUGGUACUGCGGGCGAUUCGGAAGGGCUUUCUUACAACAAUGGAUAUCGAUUUGUGACGUAUGACAGAGAUGACACCAGCAGUAAAUGCACAAGUCUUGAUCGUGGUGGUUGGUGGUAUACAAAAUGUGCAUACGCUAACCUAAAUGGAGAAUAUACUACGCCUGGAACAAAGAGUGUCUAUCGUUUGGGAGAAGGGGGUGUGACGUAUCGUGACUAUACAAGUUAUGCAAGUUUGAAGGAAACAACAAUGAUGUUUAGAAGAAUUUAAAACUUUGCGGUGACAUAUGUGGGUUUUAACAUUUGUAUAUAAGAUGCAGCAGCAUACAUAAUUACAUAUAAUUUCUUAUGCGAAGUAAACACAUAUUUUCAA